CAGUGUUCGGAACGCAUGUUGUUGGCCUUGGCACGGGUUAUCGUACUUUUCGAUUUGGUCGCAAAUUGAUUGAUAUAACGAGAAAAAUCUGAUUAACAGUGUAUUUUUGGCUCCACGGAAGGCGGCCGAGUGCACAAUGUUCCCGGCUACGCGCAUCCGCAGCUGCCUUCCAGUCAUAAACCCCAUUAUCAAACAAAGGCUGCGUCCACACAGACCGUUCCGACAAACGACUGCGACGCUGACUCAAACAAAGAAUCCCGUUCAAACCCAGCUCCAGAGGACAAAAUGGAUGAAUUUCCGAGCGAUCUUCACGCGCUGGAUGCCGCUGGGCAGCGUCAUGUACGUGAGCUGGUGCUACAUCCGAGCGAGCAUCAACUACGAAAUAUCGAAAGUGGAAAUCAAAUUUUACGAAAUGUUUCCGUUCCGAAUAACGAGUAGGAUUUGGGGGAAACUGGCGGCGUGUGAGCUGCCGGUGUCUCUGCGCGGCCUCGUCUACGGGACUUACAUAAGGAUGUUCAAUGUUAACCUCAACGACGCUGCCAUCACCGAUUUAACAUCUUACAAGAGUUUGUCUGCGUUUUUCACGCGACCACUCCGCGACGGCGCUCGCUACAUAUCGCCAGUCCCCUGCGUGUCCCCCUGUGACGGAGUAGUGCUGAACUGCGGUCCGGCAGACACGGAGAAGAUCGAGCAAGUCAAAGGAGUAACAUACAGUUUAGAAGAGUUCCUCGGAGAAAACAAGUGGUCUGAAACAAAUGGUAGCUACUACAACUCUUUACUGAAGAACAAGGAUAAUAUCUUACACCAGUGUAUAAUAUAUUUGGCACCAGGAGACUACCACAGGUUCCAUUCUCCAUGUGAUUGGAAGGCAUCAUUCAGGAGGCAUUUCUGCGGUAAACUCCUGUCAGUCAACCCAUGGAUGGCGAGACUCAUUCCUGGAUUGUUUGCGAUCAACGAAAGAGCUGUGUAUGUGGGUGAGUGGCAGCACGGCUUCUUCAGCAUGACAGCGGUUGGCGCAACAAACGUCGGAUCCAUUGAGAUUUACUCAGACCCAGAAUUGAGAACGAAUACUAAAGGUAAGCGAACAAGAAUAAAUGAGACAGACCUCAGCAAUGUUAGUUAUAAAAAAGGAGAGCUUUUCGGUCAGUUCAACAUGGGUAGUACGAUAAUACUGCUGUUUGAGGCACCGAAAGAUUUUAAGUUUGAGUUUGCUUCUGGUGAGCGAGUGCUCGUAGGGCAGGCCCUCAGCGCCGCAGCCAAAGAGUUUGCAAGAUGACCGGUGUACGAUGAUUUGUUUCAAGUAGUGCAGGUUGCGCUGGUCCUAUGCAUAGCUUCGAUUGUGCUUUGAGUGUAGUAGUCUGAGACACUUCAUGCAAAUAUCUUCUGGAAAUUGUGUUGUAAAUAUGUGAAAUUUAUAAAAAAAUAUGCAAUAUGUUAGCUCCAAGCAAACUGUUAACACGUUCUUAUACAUUUUGUGAUUGUGUCUGAUAUAGUUUCAUAGGCAGGGUAUAUUUGCAUAAGCUUAAUAUUAUGAAAGGUAAAAUUAUCACAAUUUGGGUUCUUUCAAGUCCAAUAUAUUGGAAUAGGUACUGUUUUUGAGGCUAUAAUUCCUUAAAUGCCAGUUUCAAAAUACCUUCAGUAUUUAAGGAAAAUAUUGGAAUGAAAAACGUGUUGUAUUUAAAAUGUUCGAAUUUUUUAAUACAUUUUAUAAAAGAGAAGUCUAAAACUAAUAUAAUAUAAUUAUGUAUUUUGUACAAAUCCAUAAAAUUAUGACUAAAAUCUCUAUAAUCUUCAAUACUUUUAAAUAUGCCUACUAGGUCUUAAUAUUACAACUAUGACUCCAUUUUACUGUUUAUAACAGGAUGAUUUUAUUUCAUUUUUGGUCAUCCUACUAGUCAGCCAUUAUUUCAUAUUUUACACUGCUUAUCCUACUUUAAUAAUCUUAGAUGUAUGGGUUAUGUACUGAGCUAAUUAAAUAUAGAUGGUAGAGGUUGCAAUUUUUUAUAUUUUGUUUGACUGUACUUUGUAUAAAUUGUAGAAUUACCUAUGUACAGGCUUGCAAAUAAGUUUAGGAAAUAAAAAGGAUGAUUUUGCAAAGGCACUUAAUUAUUACUUACCUGUGGUAAAAGGCAAAAUAAAAUAACAAUACCUUUUGAUAGUGUUUACUAAUAAAGUUAUUAUCAAUGUAAUACUAACUAAAAUAGUUAAUAAUUACCUUUUUCUGAACUUAUUUGCAACCUGUAAU